ACAAACAUGGCACCAACUGAGCUGUUGCGUGCAAAGAGUACAGAAAGGUACAGGGUCUGUUGUUAUUUCUGAGAAAGACAACAGCAAAAGUAUGAAGUCUGAGAGCUAAUUCGUGAUGUGUAAAAGCCCAUUUGUAUUGCUGCUAAAUGACGAUAGUUGUAACAAUCAUGUUGUGAAUUCAUUCUGCAUUUAGAAAUAUUUUCAGGUAGACCUACUUUUUCAGGAGUUUCUGAGAGCCAUUGUUCGAGCGCCCCUCAGUGUUUUUACAGAUAUCUGCAAGGUAAAUAAUGCGAAAUCGCUAAGUUUGUCCCUAACGACGUCCUACACAAUUUUUACAACAUGGCUGCUUCCUUGAUGUCGAUGCGGCGAACCUUCAGGCUUGUGCCCCUACUGGCCGCCACACCUCGCCAUUGGAGCUCUAACCCUGGGGCUCCGCCCCCACUGCAAACCAGGCUCCUCCUCUACCUGAGCCAUCGUUUCCAUGACGUCGAGACCCUACUCAGUUGGAUCCCCUGGUUGAAGAGCCGAGGGGUACGACAGAAGAACAUUUUCUAUGGUUACACCCAGGAGAACUUUGGGGACAAUGUUGCAGCCGCGUUUUACAUCCUCAGUUUGAGGGGAGGAUUCAGGUUUGCUGGGCAGUCGGAGUGGUUUCGUUCAAACAAAAGAGGGAAGUUCAGCUGGGACUUCAUAAACCAGCGGGAUGCCACUAUAGAGGAAGUAGAUGCCAGCAACACACUCAUCAACUACACAGGCCUGGAAAACCUGGUAAAACAGAAGAGCCUGCGUACUCUCUCUCUGUGUGGCUGUGUGGAGGUGGAUGACUGGUUUCUGUCCCGCCUCCAUGUCUUCCAGGACACCCUGGAGGAGCUAGAUAUUUCUCACUGUCCUCAGAUCACUGUCGGGGGCCUGGCUUCACUGAGGAAUCUGAGGGCUCUCCGGCGGCUGGACAUAUCCUCCCUCCCCAAGCUCCAGGACCCCGGGCUAGUGGCCAUCCUGUUGGAGGAGAUGCUUCCUCAAUGCCAAGUCACUGCUUUUGGGUUUGAUCACAGCCUGACGUAUAGCCACACACCAACCGACGCCCAGAGAACAGAAUCUGUCCAGGAACAGUAGGCUGAUGAGGCUCUUCCUGGGUCUCCGGGAUGGACUAGCAACGUUGAGGGACACCAUCGAGGUGGUCAGUGCCGGACCUAGUCUUUUGGAGGCCCUAAGCAAAAUUUGCUUUGGGGGGCCCCUAGAGGUCUAGGGCCCUAAGCAACCGCCUAUGUCGCUUAUGCCUAGGGCCGGCCCUGUGCAUGGUGACGGGUGCACAGAUGAGCAGUGCACGCAUUAACUGUUCUUUUCUCUAUUGAUGCUCAUGCCUGUCACUAAGACAGACAGGCUUGGUGUGAUGUCUCUGUUUUGGUGUUAUGGAGUCGCAAUGACAAACAGAUAUACACAUUUAAAAGACCUAUUUGGUAAGCAUCUCAGUUACCUCAGUCCAAAGAUGUGUUUUAUGUUCAGGAUGUUUGAUAUAUGUAUUGUUGUAUAAUUUGCUCCAGAAGAUGCUAUGUACAGUAUAUGAUGAUGGGAUUAUACCAAUAAAAUAUUCCUCAUGUGA